AUGCUGUCGCUCCCUGCUCCAAGCGUCUACCAGGCGCCAAAAUGCUUCGUCACGUACGGCACCAUGGCCCACGUCGAGCCCAAGCAGCUACCCACCAAGGGCAAGCCGUGGGCGCCCAUCUUGGCCCAGGGGUUCAAUCACAAGGUCGAACUCAUCCUACCUCAGGAGUGUUAUGAAGCCGUUCACCAAAAGCUGGUCAAGGAGCCCGCAGCGCCCACGUUCCACCGCGUCAUCAUGACCCUCGGCCAGGUGCUGGACGGGGCAUUCUUCAACGAGUACAUAAAAAAAGGAAACGUCCUCAUGCUCUCCGAGGGCAGGACAGCCGUGGAAAAUGUCUUCUCCCUCCGCGAGGGUCUGCUCACCAUGUACCUCGACAAGGAGACGUACGAGCGCGCCGGCCUGGUGGGGAAGCCUCACGGCAUCAAGGGCAAGAGAGGCCUGAAGCCGAGAUGGGUCGUGAGCUACCAGUUGCGAGACCCGUCCAUGUUUCACGGCAAAAAGGGUUUCGACAGGCUCCUCUACGCGUGCAAAAACGUCCUCAACUCGCCCGUGACAUGGUUGUUCUGCAAUGCGACGACUACUGCGCCGUCGCCGGACCCCUUGGACCAGUACUUCCCGACUAGGUACACCUGCAACCCCAACCUCGUGGCCGACAUGCAUGUUCAAACCGCACCGCUGGCAGUCCCCAGCGAAAUCAUCCAGAACGGCGACAGACCCAGCCUCGAGGACUUUGCCACAGAGACGUACGAGUGGCUGUCCCUCAUCCGUCUACAGAGCCCCCGCGUCGAGGCCGGAGACAGCAUCGACCCGUACCUCUCACGCUACCAGAUCCCCGGCGACCCCGACCCCGACGCCCCGUCACAUUCGAGAGUCUGUAAGAUCACGUGGCAGGGCUUCUUCACUCCGGAGUGGGUGCGCGGCGUCCUUAUCAACACCCUCGUUGCCCUGCCCUCGCGGACCUGGGUCUCCCUCAGCGCGACCUCCUUCUCCAAGGGCAUGGCCGGUGACAGCACCGAGGUCGCGUUCCUCCGCCCGCCCGCAUCUCCCGGCCACUACAUGUUUUGGGAAAUUAAAGGCGACGAGUAA